AUGGCCGAGCUACAGCCAGAGGUGCAGCAGGACCAAUCGGGGAACCGGGCCCGGCCACACGCAGGAGGGCAGCAGGAGCCGCCCGAGGGAGAGCAGCAUGAGCUUCCAAGGGAAGAGCAGCACGAGCUGACGGCAAGGGAGCAGCAAGCAAGGGAGCAGCAAGCGGUAGAAGUGGAGAUGGCCGAGCUACAGCUAGAGGCACAGCAGGACCAAUCGGGAAACCAGGCCUGGCCACAGGCAGGAGGGCAGCAGGGGCCGCCCGGGGGAGAGCAGCAUGAACUGCCAAGGGAAGAGCAGCAGAAGCCGCCGGGGGUGGGGCAGCUGCCGGAGCGGGAGCAGCAAGCGGUGGAUGUGGAGAUGGCCGAGCUACUGCCAGAGCUGCAGCAGGACCAAUCAGGGAACCAGGCCCGGCUGCAGGCAGGAGGGCAGCAGGAGAUGCUGGGGGAAGAGCGGCAGGAGCUGUUGGGGGGAGGGCAGCAGGAGCGGUCGGAGGGGGAGCGGCGGGAGUUGCCGGCGCGGGGGCAGCUGGAGGUCGCUAGUGCGGACUCUACUAGCCAAGCGAAGAGAACCCGGGCACGGGGCCGAGGCGGGAGACGACACGCCCGUAAGACGCAAGGGCGGACUGGAAGCGGUGCUGCCGCACAGCAGGCGGAGGGGCAGCCGGGGGCGACCGAGACACCCCCGGGAGCCCCGCGGGUGGGGGGGCAGCCCCGGGUGCCUGGGGCGCCCCAAGGAGAGCAGCAGCCAGGGGGGCAGCCGGGGGUGACCGGAGCACCCCAGGGAGAGCAACAGGCAGGAGGGCAGCCGAGGGUGCCCCGGGCACCCCAGGGAGUGCAGCACGCAGGGGGACAGCCGAGGGUGCCCAGGGCACCCCAGGGAGUGCAGCAGGCAGGAGGGCAGCAGGGGGUGCCCGGGGCACCCCAGGGAGUGCAGCAGGCAGGAGGGCAGCCGAGGGUGCCCGGAGCACCCCAGGGAGUGCAACAGGCAGGGGGGCAGCCGGGGGUGCCCGGGGCACCCCAGGGAGUGCAGCAGGCAGGAGGGCAGCCGAGGGUGCCCGGAGCACCCCAGGGAGUGCAACAGGCAGGGGGGCAGCCGGGGGUGCCCAGGGCACCCCAGGGAGUGCAGCAGGCAGGAGGGCAGCCGAGGGUGCCCGGGGCACCCCAGGGAGUGCAGCCGGCUGGAGGGCAGCCGAGGGUGCCCGGAGCACCCCAGGGAGCGCAGCAGGCAGGGGGGCAGCCGGGGGUGCCCGGGGCACCCCAGGGAGUGCAGCAGGCAGGUGGGGAGACGGGGGUGCCCGGAACACCCCAGGGAGUGCAGCAGGCAGGAGGGCAGCCGAGGGUGCCCGGGGCACCCCAGGGAGUGCAGCAGGCAGGAGGGCAACCGAGGGUGCCCGGGGCACCCCAGGGAGUGCAGCAGGCAGGGGGGCAGCCGGGGGUGCCCGGAGCACCCCAUGGAGUGCAGCAGGCAGGAGGGCAGCCGAGGGUGCCCGGGGCACCCCAGGGAGUGCAGCAGGCAGGAGGGCAGCCGAGGGUGCCCGGGGCACCCCAGGGAGUGCAGCAGGCAGGUGGGGAGCCGGGGGUGCCCGGAGCACCCCAGGGAAUGCAGCAGGCAGAAGGGCAGCCGAGGGUGCCCGGGGCACCCCAGGGAGUGCAGCAGGCAGGAGGGCAGCCCUGGGUGCCCGGGGCGCCCCAAGGAGAGCAGCAGCCAGGGGGGCAGCCGGGGGUGACCGGAGCACCCCAGGGAGAGCAACAGGCAGGAGGGCAGCCGAGGGUGCCCCGGGCACCCCAGGGAGUGCAGCAGGCAGGGGGGCAGCCGAGGGUGCCCAGGGCACCCCAGGGAGUGCAGCAGGCAGGAGGGCAGCAGGGGGUGCCCGGGGCACCCCAGGGAGUGCAGCAGGCAGGAGGGCAGCCGAGGGUGCCUGGAGCACCCCAGGGAGUGCAGCAGGCAGGAGGGCAGCCGAGGGUGCCCGGGGCACCCCAGGGAGUGCAGCAGGCAGGAGGGCUGCCGAGGGUGCCCGGGGCACCCCAGGGAGUGCAGCAGGCAGGUGGGGAGACGGGGGUGCCCGGAACACCCCAGGGAGUGCAGCAGGCAGGAGGGCAGCCGAGGGUGCCCGGGGCACCCCAGGGAGUGCAGCAGGCAGGAGGGCAGCCGAGGAUGCCUGGGGCACCCCAGGGAGUGCAGCAGGCAGGUGGGGAGCCGGGGGUGCCCGGAGCACCCCAGGGAGUGCAGCAGGCAGGAGGGCAGCCGAGGGUGCCCGGGGCACCCCAGGGAGUGCAACAGGCAGGGGGGCAGCCGGGGGUGCCCGGGGCACCCCAGGGAGUGCAGCAGGCAGGAGGGCUGCCGAGGGUGCCCGGGGCACCCCAGGUAGUGCAGCAGGCAGGUGGGGAGACGGGGGUGCCCGGAACACCCCAGGGAGUGCAGCAGGCAGGAGGGCAGCCGAGGGUGCCCGGGGCACCCCAGGGAGUGCAGCAGGCAGGAGGGCAACCGAGGGUGCCCGGGGCACCCCAGGGAGUGCAGCAGGCAGGGGGGCAGCCGGGGGUGCCCGGAGCACCCGAGGGAAUGCAGCAGGCAGGAGGGCAGCCGAGGUUGCCCGGGGCACCCCAGGGAGUGCAGCAGGCAGGAGGGCAGCCGAUGGUACCCGGGGAACCCCAGGGAGUGCAGCAGGCAGGAGGGCAGGGAGUGCAGCAGGCAGGAGGGCGGCCGAGGGUGCCCGGAGCACCCCAGGGAGAGCAGCAGGCAGGGGGGCAGCCGGGGGUGACCGGAGCACCCCAGGGAGAGCAGCAGCUAGGGGGGCAGCCGGGGGUGAUCCGAGCACCCCAGGGCGAGCACCAGGCAGGGGAGCAGCCGGGGGUGACCGGAGCACCCCAGGGAGUGCAGCAGGCAGGAGGGCAGCCGAUGGUGCCCGGGGAACCCCAGGGAGUGCAGCAGGCAGGAGGGCAGGGAGUGCAGCAGGCAGGAGGGCAGCCGAGGGUGCCCGGAGCACCCCAGGGAGAGCAGCAGGCAGGGGGGCAGCCGGGGGUGACCGGGGCACCCCAGGGAGCGCAGCAGCCAGAGGGGCAGCCGAGGGUGCCCUGGGCACCCCAAGGAGCGCAGCAAGCAGGGGGGCGAUCGAUGGACGACCAGGAGCAACAGUUGGAGGAGUGGUGUCGACUUUUGGAGUUUGAUACCCCCAUGGCGACUGCGGAGGAGUCAGAGGCGGACGAAGAACCUCCCAUGCCGCCUUCCCCAUGCCCCCGCUUUCCGUGUGACACGUGUUUCCACACUUUCGCUACGCGAGGGGCCGCUGCGAACCACAUGAGGGUAUGCCGGGCGGCUGAGGCGGAGAGGCGUGCACAGGCUCUCGGCUCGAUUCCGUCUCUGGUGGAGACCGACACGCAGGAGCGAUCGACGCCGCGGGAAUUUGGGGACGAGGCGUGGGCUGGGGUUACGUCAUGGGAAUGGGAAACUUUUUUCAGUGUGGAGGCGGUUGGAGGGAGGACAGUGCGCCGGAUCCCACAGCGGGCCAGGCAUAGGUCAGAAGGCGCUGAUCACAGAGCGGUUGGGUGCGUUCUGGGAGGGGAGGUGGCGGGAGCUGUUCGACUCUGCCAUGGUGGCGGCGCGGCCAGCAGUUCGCCCACAUUCCUACACUUGCUCUGA